UAAAAUAUAAUCUUCCUCAAAUGGAUGUGGCCGCUGUAAACGAAUGUACUCGUAACAAACCUACAAAAAAUUUGAUGUAUUUCGAAAUCUCACAAGCGAUGCAGUUAAUAUGGAAAUGAUCGAAAAUUACAUUUUAAGAUACAAGAGUGCAAAGAAAAUACAAUCAGUAUGGAGGGGUUACUCCACCCGAAAGCUCUUUCCUCACAUAAGACGUGAACUAGAGCAAGAGAAGGCUGCCAUCAAAAUCCAGCGAGCAGUUCGUGAGUGGCUGUACUACCGCACAGUCACUUCAGCAGGGGAGCCUGACCCACACAUGUGGCGCAUCACCGAGGAGGACCUGGAGAGGCUUGAGGAGGAAGUUGCACAGUGGCAGGAAGAAUGUGACAGCUCUCAGCUCCCCAGCCCUGAUGAGCUGCAGCAGGUUUGUCAGCAGGUGCGGCAGAAGCUCAUUCACUUCCAGUCAAGCUUCCUGAAGAACAGAAGCCUCCUUCACUCACUUCAGCACAGGGUGCGCCUCUUGCAGGAGGUGCAGUCUGUCCUAAUUGCACUGCCUAACCUGGAAGACAGCAGUGAUCUGGAUCUGUCAUUCUUCCGGAGAGUACCCCGACAAGCCGCUGUAUAUGCGAGGCUUCGGCACCGAUUCUCAUUUCUAAUGCUGGACCAACCAUACGAUGAAGAACUUCCCAGCACACCUGGAGACACUGGUGAUGCAUCGGAUUGUACUGCUACACCACAGCAGUAAUCACUGUACUGACACAGUACUGUUAGCAGUUCUGUGGCAUUAAUACAUUUUCAUUUGGUUUAUGUUCACCCAGAGGACACAGUAAUGUUUGCUGCAUGUGGUAGACAUCUUUUCUCAAGAUGGGGUCAGAAAAGAGAUUUUUAUAUAUGUUGUUGUUGUCUUCAGUCCUGAGACUGGUUUGAUGCAGCUCUCCAUGCUACUCUAUCCUGUGCAAGCUGCUUCAUUUCCCAGUACCUACUGCAACCCACAUCCUUCUGAAUCUGCUUAGUGUACUCAUCUCUCGGUCUCCCUCUACGAUUUUUACCCUCCACGCUGCCCUCCAAUGCUAAAUUUGUGAUCCCUUGAUGCCUCAAAACAUGUCCUACCAACCGAUCCCUUCUUCUAGUCAAGUUGUGCCACAAACUUCUCUUCUCUCCAAUCCUAUUCAAUACCUCCUCAUUAGUUAUGUGAUCUACCCAUCUAAUCUUCAGCAUUCUUCUGUAGCACCACAUUUCAAAAGCUUCUAUUCUCUUCUUGUCCAAACUAGUUAUCGUCCAUGUUUCACUUCCAUACAUGGCUACACUCCAAACAAAUACUUUCAGAAACGACUUCCUGAUACAUAAAUCUAUAUUCGAUGUUAACAAAUUUCUCUUCUUAAGAAACGCUUUCCUUGCCAUUGCCAGUCUACAUUUUAUAUCCUCCCUACUUCGACCAUCAUCAGUUAUUUUACUUCCUAAAUAGCAAAACUCCUUCACUACUUUAAGUGUCUCAUUUCCUAAUCUGAUUCCCUCAGCAUCACCCGAUUUAAUUUGACUACAUUCCAUAAUCCUAGUUUUGCUUUUGUUGAUGUUCAUCUUAUAUCCUCUUUUCAAGACACUGUCCAUUCCGUUCAACUGCUCUUCCAAAUCCUUUGCCGUCUCUGACAGAAUUACAAUGUCAUCGGCGAACCUCAAAGUUUUUACUUCUUCUCCAUGAAUUUUAAUACCUCCUCCAAAUUUUUCUUUUGUUUCCUUUACUGCUUGCUCAAUAUACAGAUUGAAUAACAUCGGGGAGAGGCUACAACCCUGUCUCACUCCUUUCCCAACCACUGCUUCCCUCUCAUGCCUCUCGACUUUAAUAACUGCCAUCUGGUUUCUGUACAAAUUGUAAAUAGCCUUUCGAUCCCUGUAUUUUACCCCUGCCACCUUUAGAAUUUGAAAAAGAGUAUUCCAGUCAACAUUGUCAAAAGCUUUCUCUAAGUCUACAAAUGCUAGAAACAUACACAACACGUAUGUCACUAAAAUGAUCCUACAUUCAUCCCUGCUCCAUGUAUAUACUUUCCUCAGUCCACCACAUGCCCACAAUGCUACCAGGGAGUGGAAAAUAUGUAAAUUGACAUAUUUUGAAUAUUUUCAUUCCAUAAUGUGAUGUGGCAUAAUGUUCUGGGGUAAGUCAUCUUUAAGAAAGAAAAUCUUCACUGCUCAUAAACAUGCUGUAAGAAUAUUAUGUGGUCCUCAGCCAUGCUCAUCUUUUAGAUAAUUGUUUGGUUAGAGCAUUCUGGCUACUGCUUCACAGUAUAUUUAUUCUCUAAUGAAGUUUGCUGUAAAUAAUCCACAAUGUUGCAACAAGAAUUUUUGAUCACUUACCCAGUGAUAUAAAAUGUCUGACAGGCAUCAAAGUAAAAUUUGAAAACAAACUGAAAACUUUACUGCUUGACAACUCUUUCUAUUCCAUAGAAAAAUUUCUGUUAUUGCAAUGUAUAAACAGUGAGGGGUAGGAAAUACUAACUCCCAUCUGUAUAUUAAAAAAAAAUAAAUAAAAUAAAACAAAA